GCUCAAAAUUUUCAUUUUCCGGCUCCACCAUUUCCAGCCCCCCUCCCCCUCUCUUUGUCUCUAUUGGUUUGGGUAUCGACGCCACCGUCCUCAACUCCUCCCUCUACAUUGUCGACGGAGAGUAGCGGGUUGUCCUCUUCGACCGGUUCCGCGGUGUCAUCGAUGACACCAUUGGAGAGGGUACUCACUUCCUCAUCCCCUGGCUCCAAAAGCCCUUCAUCUUUGACAUUCGUACCCGUCCCCACACGAUUCCGAUUACGAUUAGCCCCACCUUCAUCUUCAUCAUUAGGAUCUUCCAAGCAUCAGAGCCUGUGAUUGGAGCUCUGAUUUCCAUAAAGCUUCAACCGUGGCUCCCUCAGGCAGCCAACAGCAGCAUCAGCAACAAAAUCUCUCUCGAAGGAAACCCACUUCCGGGUCAUCAUCUUUUUCUUCUUCGUAUUCGGCUCAACAAAUUUCUCCCCCGACUCGAAUAGUUUAUCGAGAACCGUCUUCCAAGUCCGAUCUCAGUUUGCUCUUUUGGCAAACUACCUGGUUCAUUGGCUUACUUUUACUAAUGGCAAUCUCAUUUUUCGGUCUCGCCAUUUUCCUUUUUCUUACCCUUGACUCCGAUUUCACCUCUUCCCUCGUCUCUGCCACUUCUGAAGGCAUCCAGAUUACUUAUGGGUCAGUGACCAAGUUGAUGCAUGGGAGAACAAAGUUUAGGCUGCAUUCGCAUGAUGUACCAUAUGGCUCUGGUAGUGGGCAGCAGUCCGCCACUGGUUUUCCCAACGUUGAUGACUCAAACAGCUAUUGGAUUGUUAGACCUGUAUCAGAUACCAAUGCCCAACAAGGGGAUACAAUCAAAGGUGGUACCAUCAUCAGGCUGCAACACAUGAGGACCAGAAAAUGGUUACAUAGCCACAUGCUAAAUAUUCAUAAUUGAUUCUACAAUAAUGUACUGCCUUGGUUCCGGUAGCAUUUGAUAGAAGAACUUUCAGCCUACAAGAUACAAGUGAGCUGUUGAGAGUCGAUUGACUUUCUUGAUGUGUAAUUCAUGUCGUGUAAAUGAACGCUAGUUACGCUUUUAGCUCCUUCUCAUUAGCUUACCAUUUGUCAGGCAUGUCUGGAUAUCUGUACGGACUUCUUGUUGCCAUUAACCUUACUAGUCAUGAGCUCAUCUGUUAUAUAUGAAUCA